AUGGAUUCAAAUCAAAAAGAAAAACUAGUAGCAUCCAAGAAUAAAUUGCAUCAAAUGCAUUUAGAGGCGGAAGAGAAGAAGAGAAUUCAAGCAGAGAAAGAACGAGUUCAAGCGGAAGACAGGGCAAAGCGGGCUGGAUCCAGAGCUCCACAGUCCUCUCAACUUCCUAACAGCACGUUGACGGAAGGAGGUGGUACUGAUCCUCAUACUGCGGAUAACGAUGGCGACCCUAUUGAACAAGAGGAUCCGAGAGACGCCAAAGGUGAUGAGGGAGACGAUGAAUCAUCCGAAGCAGAAGGCGACCCUAUUGAUUUCAAGUCAGCUUUAAAGAAGAAGAUCCUUUUGAAAGAGGACGGCUCACGGGUUCCAAGCCUUGAAAAGAAUAUCAGGAUCAAGGGAUUGCAGCUUAAAGCGCUCCUUUUUGACGGUAAUUGGUGGAGACGCUGCCUUUGGCGCGCUCCUACCAGACAGCCUUGGGGUGAUACAAUUCAACCUUAUCUUACUGAUGGUUUCUCGUCGCCCUUUGUUUGGUUGUUGGCGUUCACAGUCCCUUCCGCAGAAGACUCGGACACUGACCUCCAAACGAGUGUACCGAGGUCAAAUGAACUCAACCAUGCGGUUGAAUUUGGCACCGUCGAGGAGGCUAGAGCGACUCUAGCAAAGAUUGAUGAAGUCUUAAAGCGGACGACUCAUUUCGAUAAUCCAAACCCUCCUCCUAAAGCGGUAACCGUCUCGAGGGCUAGACCAGGGUCGACAGUCUUGUCGAACCCUCCAUCAGGGGUGGUACCCAUCCUGAAGUCUAGACCAGAGCCAAAGGCCUCGUCCAAACCCUCGCGUAUCCCGAGCUCCGCUGUUGAGAGCACGCCAGUAAUCUCGGGGUCAAAAAGGAAGUCCUUGAAGGACAGUGAAGAGCCUUCCUCGCCCUCCGAUCCAUCUGACGGGGACGAUUACAUGCCAGUCGAGGAGCCGAAAAAGCGCUCCAAGUCAAAAAAGAAGAAGUCUAAGAAGUCAAAGGACGACCCACCUUCAGAUGGAAGCUCUACCCCUUCUGAGUCAUCCUCCUCGGAUGACUCUUCAGCGAUCAGUGCGGCUGAACUUGAGUCCCAAGGGAAGUCAGAAGGGCCCCACUCUAACUCGAAUAGUGUUGGUUCCUUAACCCAACAAGGAAAGAGAGGCGGUAAGAAGCCUUUCGUAAAGAAGGGAAACUACGCCCAGAACAAGGGGUCCAAAGACGAUUCCAAUGGAGCUGAAGUUUUGGGAUCCACUGGCACCUUCGCUAGGAAGAAUAACUUCUACAAGAAGAAUAACGGGGGAGGUAAUGCUCAAAAGUCACAAGUUGUGGAAUCAGCUGACAAGUAA